GUUAGGGACAUAUUUGAUGUGAGUUGACACAAAAACAAAGAAUGUAGAAAUGGGCACGAGAAUAUCGAUAUUUCAAAAAAGGUCUGAAGUUAGCACUCAUCCCGGCCAAUUCAACUCACCAGGAAUAUAGAUCAAGCCACGGACACACCUGCCUUCGCUACACCUUUCGGCUAAUUCGCGCUUCAAUCUCACGACCAUUGGCGACACACGCUUUGAAUUGAGUUAAACCUUUUGUGAUAAGAUUGUUUGGAUAACUAUUCCUAACUACUAGACUUAGAUAAUAUGUCUUCGAACUUUAAAUGCUGCAAAAACAAAAACUUCGGCAACUAUGUUUGUAUGGUUUGUCUAGGGGUUUGCCACCCUAGCUGUCUGGAAAGAAAUAACCGUGUAGUGAUUAAUGGAUACAGAAUUCACUGUUCUUCUGAGUAUGCUGCCGAAGCAGAUAACCAGGAACAUCAAAACUCUUUACACAUUCAAAAAAUCAAUGACUUAGAAAUUGUUCUACAGGGAAAGGACUUUCAGCUUCAGCACCAAAAACGUCUCUCAUUUCAAUUUUGCAUUGAUGUACAUGAAGCUUAACAGCAUUAUGAGGACAACAACCACAGAACAAGAUUACAAUGUGGCUCUAAAAAAAAAUGGACAACAUAGUCAGCAUAUUAAACGGUUUAAGCCUUACUUUGACCUUAAAAAUUAAAAAGCUAUUUGAUGAAAAUGAAAAGUGUUUGGAAACCAUUGCAAAUCUUCAAAGUAAACCACAUCAAAAUCAAGCUUCGCCUGAUUCGUUAGAGCUUGUCAUCUCUCAACAAAUAAAAAUCAUGUGCACUGCAGUUUCAUCGAACAUUGAGUCGCACAUGGUAAAGCUCUCUGAAUUACUGAAUACUGGCUUUGCUGAUGUCGUACAUAAUCAGAUUGACAAACUAUCAAAUGACAUUAAAUUUCUUAAAGAAUCUAAUGCUGAAAUGGUUCGUUUGUAUACGCCUGCUAUAGCUCCCACGUCGUCCGUCCGACACCAUCAAGUUGUCCCCGCUCAAAAUGCACCUGUUAACAACAUCAGCUCUAAUCAUAGUCAGCAAAACCCUAAAAUAUUCAGAUCUCCGCGUGCCUCCAGCAGCAAUACACGCCUUUUUGUUAACUCUGUCCAAUCAACUGAAAAGAGCAUAACAAAUAUGAUCUUAAUACUCUUAAAAGAGCAAGAGUAAACGACUUAGGCAACAGACCUGAGAAUAAGCAAAGAAUCAUUUGUGACGGACCACCAAAACCUAGUCUCCAUGUGGCUAAUCCAUUAAUAAGAAAAGAUGUUAAAAUUUCUUUCAUCUACCUAUCUAACUUGGAUCGUGACACCUCACCAGACAAUAUUUUGGAUGUACUAGAUCCCAAAUUUAAACAUUUUUAUGGUGGCACCAAACUGAGAUCAAAGUUUCGAAACCCAAGAAGUUCUCAUUUUAAAUUGGAUGUUCCUAAGGAGUUGAAGUCUCAAUGCCUAAGGAAGAAUUUCUGGCCAGUAGGUUUAUUUUUGUUAUGUAGCCGAAUUUAACACCAAAACUCCAGUUCGCUACGAGUCUCAAACAAAUACAAGAAUUUUUCGGAAUCGCACUUUUUUGCGGACUGUGCCGUAGAUAGAAGUAAGUUUAACACUGUAAAUUAUUGUAACUUUGACAGCUCUGUAGGAUCAACUCCUGACACUAAUGAUAAUACUUCCUCUUCCCUCUUUGACAAUACUAAUGACCACUUCACUCACUCAUCUCUUUAAGCAGCUCUACAGAAUAAUUCACUGAUAAUGGUAAUAAUCAUAUAAUCUCACCAUCUGGCAGUAACAUUUCUCACAGCUCCAGUAGACAAAACCUACUUAAUAUCUACUAUUAAAAUACGGGUGGAAUACGAUCUUUCACAAAUUUUGUUCACACAUCAACUAAUAACGAAUUUAUCUCCUCUGCCAUCUUUGAUAUCUACAGGCAAGACCUAGAUCAAAUAGGAAAGAGGCGGAGGUAUAGUCUUGGCAGUAAACCGAAAAAUAACUUCCUUUCCUCUAAAGUUAACUAACGGUUCUCUGGUAAGUAGCCAGAUAGACUCUCUUACUAACAUCUUCAGUACCUUUGACUUUCCGCAAUACAACAGAGUUAGAAAUGAAAACAAUCCACUGUUAGAUCUUGUCUUAUUUAAUAUGGGUCACUGUGAUGUGACACCGCAUUAAAUACACACACUCCACUCCACGUGAUGCAUUCUAUAAAUGUCUUUUUACAAUAUUAAAUAAAUGGGUUUCCAAGUAAACUCCAAGGCGUAAAAAUGUUUAUCCUCCUUGGUAUAGCAAUAAAAAAUAUAUAUCUGAAAAAUAAAUUACUUUGUAGAGAUAAAAGAUUAAAGGAUUAUACGUCAUACCAAGAGUUUUCUACAUUAAGGACUAACAUAAAAAAUGAUAUCAUAGCAGCACACAAGGAAUAUAUUAAACUAAAAAGCAAAUAAGCGAUGAUCCGAAAUUCUGGACUUCUCCACUUUUACUCGUAUCCCUGUAUGUAUAUUAUGGUUUAUAAUAACGCUCAGAAUAACUCCACUACUGAAUGUGUAAAUGCUUUUGCAGAGCCACUUACUUUUCUUUUCAAUCUUUGUUUGUUAAUUCAAUCUAUUUCUAAGAUCUGGAAGCACUCCAGAGUAAGUCCUAUUUAUAAAAAAUGUAGAGGAUCAAAAAUACAUCAAAAGGAUGUAUGCCACUAACUAUAGACCGAUAACAAUUAUUAACAACUUCGCUAAAUGCUUGGACAUUCUUGUUCAUAAUAGAAUCAUUCAUCAAGUAAAAAAUAAGAUUUCCCCGCAUCAACAUGGCUUUCUCAAAGGACGUUCAACAACAACGAAUCCCGUAAUUACAUAUCAACUGCUCGCGGAAACUUUAGACUCCUCUUCCCAACUAAACAUAUAUAUACUGACGUAUCUAAAGCCUUUGAUAAAUUGGAUCAUGGCAUUUUGUUGGCUGAACUCGAGUCUUUUGGUUUCACUAAUAAUCUCCUUAAGCUUUUAGAAUCAUUGCUUUCAGGACGAUCUUAGUUUGUAUGUGUUUGUCAAGCGACAUCUCUCAACGUCCGGUGUUCCUCAGGGAUCGGUCUUUGAUCCUCUAUUUGUUUGAGAACUUUAUUGAUGAUGUAUGUGGGAAUCCUAAUUUAAUGGUAUUAUUGUAUGCCCAUGACCUCAAGUUUCUCCGCCGUAUUGACUCUUCUGACGACUGUGUCACCUUUCAAGAAGAUUUAGGUUCUCUAAUUACGUGGUGCAAUACAAACAAUCUGAAUAUGAACAUCGACAAAUGUCAAGUUCUUUCUUUCACAUCAAAAACUAAUUCAAUUCUCUCUAACCACUCUAUCAGUUACACAGCGCUAACUAGAUCCAACUUUUUCCGUGACUUGAGGCAUAAUCUCUGAUUCCAACCUAACAUUCACUAAGCACUACGAAACAAUAAUUGCUGAAACAACUAAGGCACUCGGUUUCAGUGCCAGACUUUGUUGCCAGGUUUCGUUGCGAGUUUCAAAAAAUACAGACACUUAAAACAUUAUUCUUUUCAUUUGUUAGAUCGAAAUUAGAGUAUGCCUCAGUUAUUAUAUUCUGGUCUCCAGAAUAUAAUACACACAUUCAACAACCUGAAGGUGUCCAACGAAGAUUUCUAAAGCUCUUAUAUUUCAAAACUCAUGAUGUUUACCCACUCCAAGGAUUUCCAGAAGAUGAUUUGCUGAAAGUUUUUAGUCUGCAAUCACUGUCAACUAGGCGAAGCUAUUUUUUGCAAGUAUUCUUGUUUAAGCUACUAAACGGCCAUGUUGAUUGCCCUACUUUUCUGAAUAAUAUAAACUUCCUGGUUCUCCGCAUACCCCCUCGUAAUAAUCACACCUUUGCCUUACCAAAAGCAAGAACAAAUUAUGUUAUUCCCCAAUUCAUGUAAUGUUCCGAACAUAUAAUACCAAUAAAGAUGCAUUUGACAUCUUUAACACCUCAAUUCCGAAAAUUAAAAAAAAAAACAUUUUAAUGCAAUCUUGUCUGUUCCUAAUUAGUAGUUGUAUUCCCAUUCUCUCGUUCUCUUUCCUCUUCCUUGUGACAGUUUAUUUUUCUUUUUUUGGAUUGUGACGUGAUUUGUCAUGUAUUAUUUUAUUAUUAUUAUUAUUAUUAUUAUUAUUAUUCUUAUUAUUAUUAUUAUUAUUAUUAUUAUUAUUAUUAUUAUUAUUAUUAUUAUUAUUAUUAUUAUUAUUAUUAUUAUUAUUAUAGUUCACGUGUGAUGUUUAUUUUUAAUCUUAUUUUACAAUAUUUUUAGAUAUUGACAAGAGAUCAUACAUUGGCAAUAGCCGAAACGCGUUGAGCAAAUUAAAGUUUUUAUUAUACAGUGGAGAUUUUUUAUUUUCUUACCUUUAAUAGUAGAUGUACUUACAAGCGCCCUUGAAUUCGAAGCUACCAAAAAUCCGAACAGGGGCCAGUCUCGUAUCCGGCAAGUUAUUCCAGGAGAGGACAACUAUGAGGAAUCGGUCAAGCGGAUGAUAACGGAGGCGACUGGAGGACGUAGCCGACAGGACCAGAAGUUGGAGUAUCCAAAAUCUGGCAAGGCAGAUCGAUAUGAAGAGGCGAUCGUCGACCUGCAUUCAGUAAGCCCCAGUAAAAGGUAAAUACCGCCCAGGUCUUUAGCUGCAACAUAGCAACAGUGUUUUCGUCGACGCGUGUGUAGAUGAAUCCUCCACACUAAGCUUCUGGAUACAGGUACGACAAAGACAAUUUUAAAAUCCGAUAUAGUAAAAUCUGCAGCUAAGAUCAAGCCAGCAAAUGUCCAUGGCGAAACAAACGUCACGUUCACCAUAGGAAUUCACAUUUGAACAUCCUGUAAUAGUGAAGACUGAGGAUGAGGUCAUCAUCGGGACUGCGAUAAUGAAGACUAAGGGCUUUGAGUUGAGAUUUGAGAGUAGUGCAGAUAGACGAUGAGAAAGUUGCUAUGCAUCGUAAGAGGGAUUACAGUGUUCGAGUGCUACUUCUGGAGAAAAUUUUCGAAACUUUUUUCGUUCUGGAGGGCCGCAUCAAUAGCAAGACAAUGGACGGUGAAAUAGUCAUGUUUGAAUGAUGAAUGAAUGAGCUGAUGAAUUAGCAGAGCUGGUCGUCGUUGUCGUCGAGCACCGAUCCAAGGCCAGACCAAAAAAGGAGGCUAAAAGAUGAUGUUCAUAAUCUUCACCAGUUGUAAGAUUAUAGUUCAAGUAAGUUGAAUAACGUGAUCAAAAAGAAUAGCUAUCCUCUUCCUCACAUUGAUGACACUUUGAACACCCUGGCUGGAUCGAAGACCUUUUCCAUGCUAGAUUUCCUGCCACUUUUUAAACGGCUGAUGGAAACUGUUUGAGUUUCCAAUUCAAAAGCCGGUUAAUAACUCACCAAUAAGAGAAUUUCUUAUAGGCCAACUUUAACCCUAACAAAACCAUAAUUUAUUAUACUUCUUGGAAACCAUUAUACGAUUAUUUAACGUUUAUGAGAUUUAUAUUUGGCUAUUAAGGGGGGUAAAAAUAGAAAUCAGUUGCUCUUCGCCUUUCAUAAUAUUGGUCACGUCUCUCGUUCUUUUUUUUUAGUCUUACUGAAAUCGGUUGACUCUCGAUCUCCGUUAUUUUCUUGAAUAUCUAGUAUUAAUAUAAUUAGUAAACAUUUUAAGUUAAAAAGUGUUUUAUUGGUCCUUCGUUGAAAAAAUAAGAUUGAGAGUUUGGGGCAUUUGUAUAAGAAAAAACUUAAUAAUAACCAGAACCAGCAAAAGAUCGAAGGUGAAUGCGCUAAUUUGGGAUUAAAUUAACGAUAAUUGAACCAGCGACCAAUCAGAAACGAUUUUAAGAGGACUAUCCCGGAAAGUUUACCUUGUUUACCUUCAUGACAUUAUUGUGGUAGAAAAACCAUUGACCAUGCUGACAAAGAAAGAACGAAAAUUCAAAUUGUCCCAAGAUUGUCAAAAAGCUUUCAAUCAGCUGAAAGAGGCUCUGACAAGCGCACCUAAUCCACCAUCUAGCACCACCAUCCUAAGCUAUCCCCUACCUGAAGAAAAAUUUGUACUAAAUACCGACGCUAACAGUGUGGAUCUAGUAGCUGCGUUGUUCCAAAUCGAGGAUGGCCAAGAAGAAAAAGUAUUUGGCUAUUUUAGUAAGACGCUAUCCAAGCGACAGAGCGUAUCUACUGCGUUACUCGCUGAGAGAUGUUAGCUGUUGUAAAAGCGAUGGAUCACUUCUACAAGUGUGAAUGUCAAGUUAUAUUGGGCACAAUGGAACUGUCUAAUUUUGGAAGAUGAACUCUUACGGGGAAAAAUGGUUAACUACGAGAAUAAGUGAAAUUCACGUUAACAGAUCCAGUUACGAGUUAUGACACUGCGUGUAUAUGUUAUUCGCACAUAUUCGCAAACAAGUUCAACAUUUUCUUAAAAUUCUGACACAUUUACCUUAAUUAAAAUCAUUUAUUUGAAAUUAGUAGUACCUACGAACUACCAGAAGGGAUGAAUUAGGUUUUUCAACAUGUACCUACAUUUAUUAGUGUAAGUGUAAUAAGUAACGAUAUUAAUUGUGUAAAGUUCUUAGAUUUGAUUAAUAAGUUUCAUAUUGCAUAAGUUUCUGCGCUGACACGCAGAUGACAUUUAAAAAAAAAGUAAUGGAUGUUUCUUUUCAAACUUUGAUAUUCGUUUGAGAAGAAAUGCUUAGUAGUUUGCUGAUAUCUGCUCUGUCGCUUCGAUAAAAACUAUUAGAAUAAAGUUACUUAAUCAGUUCAUAUUUUUUUAGAAGUUAGUAACAUUUUAUUUAUAAUACUCAUUACUGAAAAACCACUGCAUAGAAUUAAAUAGGUAGUUAUUUUUCGUUAAAUUAUGGCUACUUACCUAAUUAAUCAAAAUGAGACCAGUGAAAAUUGAAUUGGCUUUGAAUUGAAAACAUACAUGUGCUACUACGCCCAGCAAGAGUCCCCUUCGUGCAAGUGCCAUUAUUUAAUAUUAAAUAUUAGGCGAUGUAAAUUGUUUAAUAGAGGGGCAGCUUUAAGAUUUUUGUCAGUCAAACUCCAAUAUCUUAAUGUUAAUGUAUAUUAUUUAUACUACGAUUAGAAAAUAGUUCGAAUUUUUUUUUGGUAACAAACUUUCUCAAAAAUGAAAGAAACAACUUUAGACAGUUCUUUGGAUAGUAUAUUAAUUAAAUUAGGUGAUUUUGGAAGAUACCAAAAAUAUGUUUUCACUUUAGUAUGUGUAGCAGUUGUUAUGCAUUCUAUGGCUCACAUAGCAUUUGUUUUUAGUGCCAUGGAUAUAGAUUAUAGGUGUAAGAUUCCAGACUGUGAUUUAGCAGAAAGUCAGUAUAACCAGCCAUGGCUGAACAAAGCAAUACCAUUUAAAAAGGGUCGCCCAGAAAAAUGUUUAAUGUAUGUUCCCUCUGCUAUUGAUUCCAAAAAUUGCUCAACAUUUAACAGUGAUGUUAUCGAAAAAUGUGAUCAGUUUGUUUACAGUGAAAUGGAAGACUCUAUUUUAAAAGAAUUCAAUUUACAAUGUGAAAAUAACUUGUGGAAGUUAGCAAUGGUUGGAACGGUUAAUAAUCUUGGGCAAUUCUUUGGCAUGAUGAUUUCUGGAAUUGUAUCAGAUAGGUACGGACGAAAAAUGCAGUUAAUAUGGAGCUUAGUGUUGUGCUCCCUAUGUGGCUGUAUAAAAGCACUUAUGCCUACCUAUGAGUUGUUUCUGAUAUUUGAAUUUUUAGAUGCAGGCUUUGGUUGUGGAAGUUAUAUUUCAGCAUUUAUUAUAGGAGUUGAGCUAGUAGGGCCGAAUAAAAGAGUUCUUACUGGAACUCUUAUAAGUUCCUCCUAUCCAGUUGGAGAAGUUCUUGUUGCCCUUGCUGCUUGGAUGGCAAAGUCUUGGAAGCUUACGUUAUUUAUUUGUUAUAUCCCUCCCUUUGUACUGAUUUCAUACACAUGGUUAAUACCAGAAUCUAUUAGGUGGAAUAUAAGUAAAGGAAGAAUACAUGAUGCAAAAGAUACCUUAAGAAAAAUUGCAAAAGUGAAUGGAACACACAUCUCUGAAAGUGACUUAGCAGUCCUGGAUUCGGCUGUUGCAGAUUUAACUCAUUGUACCAAAACGAGUUUAAAUUCCGAUAGUGUUUUGAUGGCCGCUCUAAAAUCUAAAACAUUAAUGUUCCGAUUUAUGGCUUGUUGUGUAAGUUGGAUGACCUGCACUUUCUUAUUUUAUGGUCUGACAUUUAACUCAGUAUCUCUUGUAGCAGGUAAUAAGUAUUUGGAUUUUAUAUUAACAGCAUUGAUUGAAAUUCCCGCAUAUUUUGUUUGUAACAUAGUCAUAGAAAAGUACGGACGGAAAAAAACUCUUAUUAUUAGUUAUUUACUAACGGGAUCUGUAUGUUUCGCUUUUAUUUUUAUUCCUCCAGCUGCUCGAUGGGAUCGCCUAAUAGUUUAUUUGCUUGGUAAAUUCGGAGCUACAAUGUCAUUUACAACACUCUAUAUAAUUUCUAGUGAAAUGUUUCCCACCAGCUUAAGAAAUUCUUUUAUGGGUACCUGUUCGACGCUCGGUCGUUGUGGUUCUAUGCUGGCACCGCAAACACCCUUACUGGCCACAAUUUGGGAACCAUUACCUCUAAUAAGUUUUGUAGUAAUGUCAGGUAUUGCUGCUGUUUUGACCCUAAUCUUCCCCGAAACCUUACAUAAGAAGUUGCCAGAUACGGUAAAAGAAGCUGAAAAUAUAAAAUUGGCGCCAAUGGUUCAAUAUUAAGAAUAAUUUUAAACUAAUAUAAGGACUGUAGGAUACAUAUGUAUGAUCACAAUUUUAUAAAUAUUUUUGAUACAAUUUUUGUUGAAACAUAUUUUUAUGACUGAUAUAGA